AUGAUUAAGACACUCUGUUGGAAUGCAAGGAUUAUUAAUACUCUUGGUUCUCUGGAAAGAAUACAAACUCUCAAGAAACUUCACAAUCUGUCAAUGAUUGCUAUUCUUGAACCCUUUGCUGACAACUCUCAUCUCAACAGUUAUAAAAUCAAACUGAACAUGGAAAAUGCCUGCUGCAAUUCUAAUGGGAAGAUUUGGUUAUUCUGGACUGCGGAAAUAAAUCUUAACAUUUUGGAAUCUAAGGAUCAACACAUCACAGGAACUUUGCAACAUGUGGAAAUCAAAGAUAAGUUUAUGAUCACGAUUGUGUAUGCCAAAUGCAAGGAUUACUUGAGGAGACAUUUGUGGGAUAGACUUAUUCAUUUUUCUAAUAUAAAUACACCUUGGUGUACAAUUGGUGAUUUUAAUAUCAUUACUACACCAGAAGAGAAACAAGGUGGCAUCCCCUAUAACAUGAAUAAACGUUUUGAAUUCAUUUCCACUAUUCAAGCUUGUGGAUUAAUGGACCAAGGGUACACGGGUCAGAGGUAUACGUGGUGCAAUCAAAGGAGUGAAGAGGCUAGAGUAUGGAAGAGGCUCGAUAGAGCUAUGGUCAAUGACAGUUGGUUACAAGGAAUUCCUCAAACUACUAUUACCCAUCUCCCUUCAGUUGGGUCUGAUCACUAUCCCUUAUUGAUGGAGAUUGUAGAUAAAGUGAAGCAACCUAUCAAAUAUUUCAAGUUCUUGCACUACUGGACUGAACAUGAGGAGUUUAAUAAUGUGGUUAAAGCUUGCUGGGAUAGGGAAGUGGAAGGCAAUCCUAUGUGGAGAUUACAACACAAAAUGAAGAGGUUGACUGCUACUCUCAGUAACUGGUCCAGAACAACAUUUGGAGACAUUUUCAGCAUUGUUCGAGUUCAUGAGGAGAGAGUUAGAGUGGCUGAGGAAGCAUUGAUUGUUAACAAUUUUGCUGAAAAUAGAGCAACCUUACACGGGAUUAAUGCCAGGUACAUCAAAUAUUUGAAGUUGGAAAAUUCUAUCCUAAAACAGAAGACUCAAUUGCAAUGGUAUAAAGAAGGUGACACCAACUCCAAGUACUUUCAUGCCGUUAUGCGAGGUCGAAGAAGGAAACUUUUUAUCCACAGAGUCUGUACAGGAAAUGAUGAAUGGGUGGAGGGUGAUGAGAACAUAGCCAAUGCAGCCUGUAAUCACUUCAAAAACCUUUUUACAGGAACUGAGCAGCCCAUCAAUGAGGAUAUAUUACAACAUAUCCCAAGAAUGGUCACUCCUGAGCAAAAUAAGACCCUCCAAGCAAUGCCUACCAGUGAAGAACUGCAGCAGGUGGUUUUUUCUAUGAAUCCUAAUUCAGCGCCUGGACCGGAUGGCUUUGGUGGGAAGUUUUUUCAGAGCUGCUGGGAUAUCAUCAAAGAAGAUAUUCUAAGUGCAGUUCAUGCCUUCUUCUGUGGUUACUUCAUGCCCAAGUUCAUUUCCCAUGCAAGUUUGGUUCUACUCCCAAAAGUAGAUCAUCCUAAUAAUUUUUCAGAAUUCAGACCCAUAAGUUUGAGCAACUUUACCAACAAAAUCAUUUCCAAAAUUUUAUGUCUCAGACUUGCUCCUAUGCUGCCUGGCCUUAUCUCCAACAAUCAGUCUGGCUUUGUUAAAGGUAGGAGUAUUUCAGAGAGUGUCAUGCUGGCACAGGAGAUUAUUCAUGGUAUUAAAAAACCUAAGGAAGGGGAUAAUGUGGUAAUUAAGUUGGACAUGGCAAAGGCAUACGACAGAGUGUCAUGGGCCUUUACUAGCCUGGUUUUAAGACACAUGGGAUUUGGAGAAUUUUUCAUUGACAUGGUGUGGAGGAUCAUGAGUAAUAAUUGGUACUCCAUCAUAGUCAAUGGGACAAGGCAUGGUUUUUUCCAUUCUACGAGAGGUCUCAAGCAGGGGGAUCCUCUUUCCCCAUCCCUAUUUAUUUUAGGGGCUGAGGUGCUAUCUCGAAUGCUCAAUAACCUAUAUGACAAUCAGCAUUUCCAUGGGUUCCAAAUGGAUUUCAGAGGGCCUCAGAUUAAUCACUUAAGCUUCGCUAAUGAUGUUAUCAUAUUUACUUCAGGAAGAGAAGAAUCUCUGAAGCUUAUUAUGGAAACACUGUCAACUUAUGAAGAUACUUCAGACCAACUCAUCAACAAAGGAAAAAGUCAUUUCAUGGUUCCUAAAGAUACUCCUCCUCACAUUAUUGACAUGAUCCAGGAAACCACUGGCUUCACUCAAAGAGACAGUCCCAUUAAUUACCUUGGCUGCCCCCUUUACAUAGGAAGACAAAGGAUUAUUUAUUAUUCAGAUUUGGUGGCAAAGGUUGUCAAAAAGAUCAGCGGCUGGCACUCUCGUAUCCUAAGUUUUGGUGGGAAAACCACUUUGAUUAAACAUGUACUCCAUUCAAUACCUAUUCAUACUAUGCCUACCAUUUCCCCUCCUAGAACUACCUUGCAUUAUAUCAAAAGAGUGACAGCAGACUUCUUUUGGGGAAUGGACAGGGACAAGAAAAAAUAUCAUUGGGCAUCUUGGGAAUCGCUUAGUCUUCCCUAUGAGGAGGGUGGCAUUGGUGUGAGGCACCUUAACGACGUUUGCACGUCCCUCCAAAUUAAGCAGUGGUGGAACUUCAGGACCAAACACUCUUUAUGGGGCCAAUUUCUAAAAGCCAAGUAUUGCCAGAGGUCCAAUCCAGUAGCUAAGAAAGGGGAUACAGGAGACUCUUUGGUAUGGAAAUACAUGGUGAAGAACAGGGAGAUGGUGGAAACUGAAAUAGGCUGGAGAAUAAAUUCUGGAAAUGCUUUUUUCUGGUGGGAUAAUUGGAUAGGGGAAGGACCUCUAGCUCACUUCUGUCACAACAUAACUAGCUUGAACAAUACUCGAGUUUCUUAUUUCUUAAGACACGGACAGUGGAAUGAAACUUUGAUGAGAAUGCACGUCCCACCUUCGCUAGUCCCCAAAGUGCUUAGCAUUGCCAUUCACUAUCAGGCAGGAGUCACUGAUGAAGCUUACUGGAAGCAAAAUGGAAAUGGGACAUUCACCUGUUCAUCUGCCUGGAACUUAGUGAGGGGCAAGAAGAACAAGAAUAGACUAUUCUCUACCAUUUGGCAUAAACAAGUUCCAUUCAAAGCCUCUUUUCUUUUGUGGAGGGCCCUCAAAUUCAAACUUCCCACCAAUGACAAGUUGAGCUCUUUUGGAGUGCAGCCAACAACAUGUUCCUGCUGCAUUAGAUCAGGUUGGGACGAUAUUGAACACAUUUUUGUCUCAGGGAAUUUCACAGCUCACAUCUGGAGGUAUUUCUCAGGGCUGCUGGGAAUUAUUCACAAUCCCAGGCCACUAAAUAAUCUCCUGAUGAGCUGGUGGGGAAUGGCUGCAAAAAAUGAGGUCCACAAACUCAUUAUUCAGACCCUUCCCAUAUCAAUUUGCUGGAAUCUUUGGAAGAACAGAUGCUCAGUGAAAUAUGGCCAGAAGAAAUCAAAUGUGGCAAGAGUAAAGUACAUGAUCUUUAAAGAUACUUUCCAGCUUCUCAUGAUCACUUAUCCCUAUUGCUCUUGGCCUAAUAAUUGGGAGGAUAUGAUCAAUGAAGUCGAGAAAUGCUCUCAAGAUAUCAGGAUCAUCACGGUCAGCUGGCAAGGCCCCCCUAGCCCCCUCUUGAAGCUUAAUACAGAUGGUAGUGCAUUGCAUAACCCCAGAAAGAUAGGAGAAGGGGGUAUAUUGAGGGACUUCAAUGGAAACAUGAUAUACGCUUUCACAAUUCCCCUUGGUAUUGGUACCAACAACCAAGCUGAAACACAAGCAGCAGCCCAUGGAUUGGACUGGUGCAUUCAACAUGGUUACACAAAGGUUAUCUUGGAAGUGGACUCAGAACUACUUACCAAAUGGCUUAACCACAAAAGCAAGCCUCCCUGGAAAUUGCAGCAGUACCUCACUCAACUUCACAAGAUCACUACUCAAUUGGAGUUCUUCAAAUGCCAGCAUACCUACAGAGAAGCCAACACAACAACAGAUUUUCUGUCCAAGGAAAGUCACAGAUCAGACAUCACUCAGCACUUCUACACCCCGAACCAGCUACCUGCAGCAGCUAAAGGAAGUUUCCUCCUGGAAAAGAUGGGAAUGACCAACUUGAGGAGGAAAAAGCUAAAGAGGAUAAAAAAACCACCUUGA